AUGCUCACCAUCGCCAAAGCCCUCGCGGCCGUCAUGGCACUCACUCUUACUGCCAAUGCUGCGCCAACCCCUGAGACAGAGAACAUGAACGAGCUUGAUGCUCGUGACAAUGGUGACUUCACCUGGUAUCACACCGGUCUCGGUGCCUGCGGGUGGACAAACCAUAACGGCGAGUUGGUUGCCGCUGUCGGUCAUGCUCUAUAUGAUCGUACUCGCCCGUGUGGUCGCAGGAUCCGCGCCCACCACAGAGGCAAGUCUAUUGUUGUCACGGUUGUCGACCGUUGUGAAGGCUGCAAAGACAACGAUGUGGACUUUACGCCUGAGGGUUUCAAGAGGCUUGUUGGUAGCCUUGGACCUGGUCGUGUCCGAGGCACUUGGGAAUUUAUCUGA